CAUCCAUGAUGAUAAUUAACCCGGGUUAACCCAAAAGCCGUUCGUUUAUCUUUCCUAACCCAGAUGCGUUUGAUUUUGUACCCAGGUUAACCCAUGUGGCUCUGGGGAAGCAAAUCGAACGCACUAGUAAAUAGGUCAGUUGCUUUCAGAAUGGCAGGAACGGUUCUUCGUGCAUCAACGCGUCAACUACUCGUGCAGAGAAGUCACUUGCUCGCCCCAGUUACAGGCUACCAUGCAAGAGCAAAGGUCGGCAACAGAGACAUCGUUGGAUUUGGCUUAAAUGGGGAGCCAACAUACGUGGAUCGAGGUGAUUUCCCAUGCCCUGCUGUGCGUUUUAUGGAGAACACUGCUGAUGUCUAUUCGAUGAGGGAAAAGGAGAAGACAUCUUGGAUAGGGCUGAGCAUGGACGAUAAGAAAGCAUUGUAUCGAGCUUCAUUUUGCCAAACGUUUGCUGAAAUGCAUGCUCAAGGCACCGGUGAAUGGAAGUCGCUGACCGCAGGCACGAUCUUUGGCAUAACACUGGCGCUGUGGAUUGUCAUCUUGGUUAAGUUAUAUGUAUAUGAGAAACCACCUCACACACUCAGUGACGAGUGGAAGGCUGCCAGUUUAAAGAGAAUUAUUGAUCAGCAGCAAGGUCGGAUAGAAGGCCUCUCCUCCAAUUGGGAUUACGAAAAGAAAGAAUGGAAGUAAACUAGCAAAUUGUUGUUCAGAAUCGCGUGCUUUUCCAUAAGACUUCGAAAUAUAUUAGUCAGUUUAAGAAAAUAAUUCUGUAAUUUUUCAAUGUAAUGAUAUAAGGAGUAUAUAAAUAGAUCUUUAUGAUGAUGAAUCUCUGUGGACUCCUGAUAAUAUGGCCAGUAAAAACAAGGUGGAAGUUGAGUUGAAUUGUUGAAUUGUUUGGAAUUGUUGCUUAGCUCACCCUAACAUAGAUCUGAAACAGGAGGCUCUUUAUUUGAUACAGUUUUACAACCCUGUUAGCAAUUUGUUGUUUCUCAUGUUGUUGACUUUUUUUUUAUAACCCUUUGAUAACUCAGUGAACGAAAAUAAAACUUUGUUGAAAGACA